AUGGUUGGUGAGGUUGAGCCUAAGGCGUUUGAUGCCAUUGCCAAAAUCAAUCAGCUACGUAACCAAAGCCCUAAUAACAAACCCUUAAGCGAUUGUCAGGAAUAUUACGUUGCAGUUGUUCGAAAUAAUGUACCCCAAGCCACUGAAGCAAUUGAUAAAAGUGAUAGUGGCAAGGCGGAGCAACUCAUGAAUGACGUUGUGUGUAAGGCUGAUUCAUGCGAAAAGGGUAAAAAGAGCGGCUCUCCUUUGAUUAGCUUGAACAAUGUCGUAAAAGAUGUUUCGUCUGUGGCUGCAGCAAUAUCAAGAUUGAUUUGA